GUAAGCUGGACAUAACCCCGGACGACCCUCGGUGGAUCGGUGCAUGGUGGGGAGGCUUCCUGUUGUGUGGUGCCUUACUCUUCUUCUCGUCCCUGCCGAUGUUCGGGUUCCCGCAGUCCUUGCCCCCACGAACGGAGCACGCCGGGGAGAGCGAGCAGGCCAUGCUUCCUGAGAGGGACUACGAGAGACCCAAACCGAGCAACGGGGUCCUGCGGCAUCCGCUGGACGGAGAGAGCAGCACGACCUGCUUCCAGCAGCUGCGAGUGAUCCCCAAGGUAACCAAGCACUUGCUCUCCAAUCCCGUCUUCACCUGUAUCAUCCUGGCAGCCUGCAUGGAGAUCGCAGUGGUGGCCGGCUUCGCCGCCUUCCUGGGAAAGUACCUGGAGCAGCAGUUCAACCUCACCACCUCAUCUGCCAACCAGCUCCUGGGGAUGACAGCAAUCCCAUGUGCAUGUCUGGGCAUCUUCCUGGGUGGCCUCUUGGUGAAGAAGCUCAGCCUGUCUGCUCUGGGAGCCAUCAGGAUGGCCAUGCUGGUAAACCUGGUAUCCACAGCUUGCUACGUGUCUUUCCUGUUCCUGGGAUGCGACACAGGACCUGUGGCAGGGGUUACUGUUCCCUAUGGAAACAACUCAACUCCAACCUCAUCUCUGGACCCAUAUUCCCCCUGCAAUAACAACUGUGAAUGCCAAACUGAUUCCUUCACUCCAGUCUGUGGGGCAGACGGGGUCACGUACUUAUCUGCUUGCUUUGCUGGCUGCAGCAGCACGAACCUCAGUGGCUGGUCCUGCCUCACCUCGGUCCCUGCCGAAAACGCCACCGUCGUUCCCGGCAAAUGCCCCAGUCCUGGCUGCGAAGAGGCCUUCUUGACAUUCCUCUGCGUGAUGUGCGUUUGCAGCAUGAUCGGGGCCAUGGCACAGACGCCGUCGGUCAUCAUACUCAUCAGAACCGUGAGCCCCGAACUCAAGUCUUACGCUUUGGGGGUGCUUUUCCUGCUGCUCCGUUUGCUCGGUUUUAUCCCACCUCCGCUGAUUUUUGGGGCUGGAAUUGACUCUACGUGUCUGUUCUGGAGCACCUUCUGCGGCGAGCAAGGAGCCUGCGCGCUGUAUGACAACGUGGUCUAUAGAUAUCUGUACGUUAGCAUUGCUAUAGCCCUGAAGUCUUUUGCAUUCAUCUUAUAUACAACCACCUGGCAGUGCUUGAGGAAAAACUAUAAAAGAUACAUCAAGAACCACGAAGGUGGUCUCAGCACUAGUGAGUUUUUUGCCUCUACUCUCACCCUAGACAAUCUGGGGCGGGACUCAGUGCCCCAAAAUCAGCCACAUAGGACAAAAUUUAUCUAUAACCUUGAAGACCAUGAGUGGUGUGAAAAUAUGGAGUCUGUUUUAUAG